GCAUUGUUGAUGUCCGGAGCUCUCCUGAUGCUCCACUUGACUGCGCAUCUGCAUGCGCCGCAAUCCCUGAUCAUGGUCGCAAAUCCAAGAAUGGUUAGGUCAUUCAACGCAGUGGUGAUAUAUAUCAGAUGUUAUGUCGUCCCUUCUUCGACAUGCUGCAGCACGAUACCACGUCCCAGGACCUGACCCCAUGCGUUUCACCUCACUCGUCUCCUUCUGGAGCUUUGUCAGUGUAGCGACCGCGCAAUUUUCUGGCCCCAACGGAAGGUGUCCUAGCAUUCAGCUCUAUGUUCUUGAGCAACAGGGCUCAUCCAACCUUCUCAGCAUUGCUGUCACUAUCCUUGAUAUUGCUGCGGGCGUGAAUAUCACUUCAUUAUCCUACGCCCCGUCCUCAGACUUGGCCUCAUCUGUGGCGCAGGGUGUUGCGUCUCUCACUUCUGAGCUCAACGCCUUCUCGCAGAAGUGCCCCAAUGGCAAGCUUGUUCUUCUGGGAGAUGCUCAGGGGGCGAGCUAUGUCAGUGCUACAUUGGCAGGCACCAAUUUAGGAGGAAACAGUAUCACAGCCAUCUCCUCUUCUGUCGGAUCACAGAUCGCUGCUGUCGUUCUGUACCGCGAUGUAACCCAAGCUGCUGAGCAAGGGAGACAGGCAGCCUGUCCGGCAUGCACAGCUGGUGGAUCGCUCGCACGAACCGGCGCAUACAUUGACGCACUGCAGCCUUUCACCGAUCGACUUCAGACUUGGUGCAAUGCCAAUGAUGGCAGCUGCUGUGCUAGCGGAUCUACGCAAGUAUCAGUUGGGUCCUACUUUACGGAAGCAAACCGUGCAUAUGCCGUCUACUUCAUCUCGGAAAACCUUGGCGCCCAGAACAGUGCCGCAGGCUUUGGUCCUCAAUAUUUCCCGAGCACAUGCGCCGUCGCACCACCGACGACCCAGAAGUCGACUGUGUCGACGGCCUCUCCGACAUCGAGCCCUGCUGUAAUUACUCUGUACCCGGCGACCACAACUUCUGCAAAGGCGACGACGCCUGAUGUGAUCAUCGCGACAGCAACGGCAACGGGCUCGGUGGAACUGACGACGCCUUCGGUGCCUACACUUACGCUGGCCACUUACCAAAUCGCCCCGAAGCCCGACCAUAAGACAGCGUCUUCUCUGUCAUCAUCGGCGAAGGCCAGCGCCGGAGCAAGUUCAGCAGCUGCAUCAUCUUUCCCUCCGAUUGCACAAGCCAGCCCUGCGGCGGACAAGACUUCAAUUGGUCCACAGGUGUCUCGCGGCACUGGUGAACGCCUUCACCCCUCUGCAGUCUUGGCUCUGGCAGCAUUCGGGAUCGCCGGAUCUAUAAUGACCUUGAUGAUGUGAUGGAAUGAAGUUUAGUAGGACGUUGUAUGCUGUAAUGAUGCUCUGCUGACACUGUGUCGGCGAGUCAAUCACGAGGCGGAUCUUGGAUAGGUCUCUGGAAAAGCCAGUCGUCUGCUACGAUUCAAAAAAUAUUCAUUUGAGAUCGCCGACUCACGGUACCCAUGUCGGUUCAUGUCAUGAUAAGAGAUUGGAGGAGACUUUGACAUUCGGGCUAAAGUUAUGCACAUGACGGCACAGACGUUGAAGUUCUGAAGCGUGGUGAUCUGCAUGAUCUCCGGAACGCGCUUCGACAUGAUGUAGUCAAUCAUUUGCCAUCAGCGAUUCGGUAGCGGACGGGGUCCCCCGAUAGCUUUUGAUACAAAUACCAGCCUGUUGCUUGCCACAAUCUU